AUGGCAUCAGAAGUAACACUUGCCGACCGUAUUCACUCUCUAUUAACAAUAAAAAGUACUGAUGAGCAAGCCAUCAUUGAAGCUCUUGAUCAAUUAGUCAAAGAUUUUGGUGUCGACGAAGUUCAACGAUGGUAUCAACCACAGUCAAAACAUAAGAACUUGUUGAUACAUGAGUUUGUUCGUAUGGGUCUUAUGAAAACGAUCGAACAUGCAGCCAAAGACCUAGGUUUCAAUAUUAACGUCAAACGUGAAUCGGAUGGAAAUACAUCAUUGCAUUUGGCCAAAUGGUAUAAAAAACCAGAUGUUAGCGAACUAUUGCAAAUGUUGGGGGCAGAUAUAACCAUAGUCAAUAAUUAUGGAGAAGUAUUUGAAGGUUUGGAUCAAUUAAAAGAAAAAAUGAUGAAUAUUAUCUGGCUAGAUACAGAAUUAACAUCACUGGAUGAUCCACAUAUACUGGAAUGUGCUGUAAUCAUCACUGAUAAGCAUUUAAAGGAACUUGAACGUGGUCAAUGGAUUGUGCAUUAUGAAAAAGCCGAACUGGAAAAACUAUCCAGCUUUCAUCAGAAUACAUUCAAGAGUCGAAGUGACGGUGGUAAUGGUCUAUUUGAUGAUAUUUUGGCAUCGAAAACAACAAAAGAAGAAAUGGAAGUUCAAUUGUUAGAACUGCUCAAACGUCAUUGUCCAGAAAAGGGUUGUCCAUUGGCUGGCAGUUCGAUUCAUUGGGAUCGUGAAGUUAUUCGAGUACAACUACCAUCUGUUUAUGAAUAUCUACAUUAUCGUAUCAUUGAUGUGAGCAGUUUCUUUGGAGUAGUUGAACGAUGGAUACCAUCAGAAAGAUGGGUUGAAAAAGAAAAAUAUUUGGAUAGAAUCAUGCAAGAAAAGUAUACUGGCGAUAAUAAUAAGGAAGGUGGGGCACAUCGAGCGAUGUAUGAUGUUGAACGAUCAAUUGAAAUUUUAAAAUUGUUUAAACCAUGUUUAAAUACAUUUUGA